CCUGGUCAUUUCCGCAAGCCACUGUACGAUGAACCAAAACUCUGCAAAUGCUUUCACCGCUGCUCGAUUAUUCGGCGCUCCAACAGUAAUAACUACACAGACUCAGCCUACACACCAGACUCCACCCACUACACAACUGCCUCCACCCACUGACCUGUGGUCAACGCCCAGUGCAUCAUGGUCUCCACCACCUCCACCUGUGGCUCCGCCCCCUCCAUAUGAGAAACCUCCAAAUUACAACAAUAUCGUCACAUAAAGAGCUCCACCUCCUGCUCCUGAUGCCCCGCCUCCUCUUUGUGAUGUUAUUAAUGUU